AUGGGAAGUACUGGAGAUUUGUUGUAUGACUAUGCCACCGUCAAAGGCUUCUUCUUGCAGGAUGAUGCCGCCACUGAUCCUGCCACAUUUGACUACUCCAAGCACAACUUCGGCCUCAUCGACCGGACAUAUCCAUCUGAUUCUGCCACUCCGGAUGCUGAGAAGCGUACCCAAUGGCAAAGAUUCUCCGCUCGGUUGAAACACAUGAUCGAGACAGCACCUACAGGCACAACAUACAAGCUCUUCUACCUUGGCCGUCAUGGCGAAGGCGAUCAUAACGUCGCUGAAGCAUUCUACGGAACGAAAGCAUGGGACGAAUACUGGAGCAAGCUCGACGGCAACGGCACUGUGACUUGGUCUGACGCUCAUCUGACUGCCGUCGGGGAAGAGCAAGCACGCGAGGCUGGUGCUUUCCUCGGAGAACAAUAUGCUUUUGCCAAGAUGCCGGAGCCAGAAGGAUGGUAUGUCAGUCCCUUGACGAGAUGUCUGCAGACCUGCGACUUGACGUGGAGUGGUCUGAAGCUGCAUGGCGAGCAGCCAUUCAAACCUAUCAUCAAGGAGUUCGUGCGAGAAGUCAUGGGCGAACAUACCUGCGACCGCCGAAGCACGAGGACUGUCAUACACGAAACCGCACCUAAAUGGACCAUCGAGGACGGCUUCGCGGAGAACGACGAGCUAUGGCAGGCUAGUCAUCGGGAGACUUGGGCUGAGCAUGACAUCCGCACCAGAGCGUUACUCGAUGAUCUGUUUGCGCACGACAGUAGCAGUGUACUGUCAGUGACUGCUCACUCCGGCACGAUUGCCAGUCUACUGAGGGUCACGGGCCACAGGAAGUUUCCUUUACCUACUGGUGGCAUGAUACCAUUUAAUCAAAGGCAGAUGUAUCUUAUGGAGAAGGACAACAAGGGUCCGGUCAAUCUGUGUGCUAAGCAGACAGACCGCUUCGAAAUUCCAGCAAACGGUCGUCUCGGCGGUUCACCAUCAAAUAUGGCUCCCAAGCGCGGAAAUGACCACUACAGUCCCAAAGCACCACGACGGUCGGGAAGAGGCUCUACGCCACUACGAGUGUCGCAACCUGUAGCAAAUAGUUCGACGGCUCGCGAAGUUCCGCAGCAGGGCAAGACGAGAACUAGCGCCAGUGCACGAGCACCGGCACCAAGAUCUAGAUCGGAGCCCGAGCCCGAGCCUGAGAAGCAGUUGACACAGACGGAGAAGCGCCGGGAGCAACGCCUGCUACGAGAACACAAGAAUGCAGUGACGGCAGCUGCGGCGCGACAUGAGGUUAAGCAAAGGAAGGCCGAUGCAGCGGCUGUAAGAGCGCAAGCUCAAACUGGGAUAGGUCGUGCUAGAGGAGCUGCUGGAACGAGAACACCCGCUAGAGGCCCGGCCGCGAAGGCUGCCGAAGAACGUCCCGAGGACAAAAAAGUUGCUGGCAAGACAGUGGCUGAGAAGACACCAGCCGCAAAAGUAACAAAAAGACGAAAUGAAGCUACGGAAGACGUGGCCGAAAUUGAUAAACGGCGGAAGACGGGCACAUCAGCUAAACCUACUGCCAAUGCUCCAGCACCUGUCAAGUCAAAAGCAAAUGAGCCGAAGCCAAAGGCGAAAGCUUCCACUCAGAGGGCAGGAAGCAAAUCGAAGACAACGUCCAGCCCUCAAGAGGUGAAGCCCAAGGAAGACGCCCCGACUCUGCAGGCAGUGACCAAGCCUAAGACUGCUUUGAAGCGAACGGCUAAGGAUAACAUCGAAGCUGAGCUCGCCGCUGAGUUCGAGGAUCGAGAUGGUGCUUUCAAGUUCCGCACACAUAUCGACGACAUAGCUGACGAGAUGCUCAACGAGGCUUUCGGCACUGCUCGGAAGCAUCUACAAGUCGCGUCCAAGGCUCUCAAGACGAUCGAGGAUGAAGCUCAGAAGAAGAACGAGGAGAAGGUCUGCGAGGAAGAAGUGCCGCCGAGGAGAUCGAAUCGCCGCAAGCGCGUAGUAGUGGACUCCGAUGAUGAUGCUGAAUCGUUGACUUCGCCAAAGAAGAAGGCUAGGACGCCGCCACGCACGAUGAAGGCUUAA